CUCUCUCCAAACGCAGGAGAUAUCUUUGUUGAUAUGAAAUGAACUAACAUUGAAGGCCUUUGUAUUUCGGUGAGACUGUAGAUGUCACGUGACGUCAACCAGGAAGCAAGACCGGGUAGUGUUGUCUCGAGGUGUUACACAUACAGGCACAUCAUGACAACUGAUGUUGACAAUUGGCAAAAUGGGAAGACCUUCCCGGAAACCAACCUGCACAUGUUGGACAGUUUGUUGUUGACUGAUGUGACCUUCCUAGUUGGAGAUCAAAGGGAGACAAUCCAGGCUCACAAAUUCAUUUUAGUCAGCCGUAGCUGCGUGUUUCACGCGAUGUUCUGUGGAUCGAUCCCCGAGACGGGCCAAGUACUGAUAUCUGAUAUUCAGACAGACAACUUCAAGACCUUUCUAAGGUUUCUCUACACGGGGGAGGUCACGUUAACUCCUAACACUGUCCUUGGUCUGAUGUACGCUGCUAGAAAAUACAAUAUCACAAGACUGGAAAAGCGGUGUGAGAGGUUCUGCUUAGAAUCUCUGUCGCCUACCAACGCAUGUCUAUUCCUACAACAAGCAGACCUAUUUGAUAAAGAAGACCUGAAAGAAAGCGCUCUUGAAGUCAUUAAAUCCAAUGCCGAGGUGAGUGUUGCUAGCGAGGGAUUCCGUGAACUAAGCAAGGAUUGUCUAAAGCUGAUCCUGAAGACAGGUGACAUGAGAGUUGACGAGAUUUGCAUCUUCCGAUCUGUGAUGUCGUGGGCAGAAGCUGAAUGUAGACGUCAGGGAAGGGAAAUAGCUCCAGAAGAGAAAAGAGAAGUUCUGGGAGAAUGUUUGUUUCUCAUUCGUUUUGCAUCCAUUUCAAUGGCGCAAUUUGCCACAACUGUCUGCAAUGAAGGUAUUUUAAGUGAUGCCCAUGUCAUAAUGUUCUUACGAAAAUACUCUAUCAGCCACCUGGAUAUACGGCCGUUCUGUGACAUAUCUCGGAAAUCUCCUGUCUAUAUCUUGUCUCGCUCACAUCCUGACCAAGAGUCCCACUCGACUUUUUACGAUACAACCUCUAGAUAUGAUGCGUUGUAUAUAUCCUGUGAUACCAGUGUUCACCUGACCGGGCUGAGCAUGUACCCUGGGAGCCAGGAAGGCAAGGUGUAUGUAGGCAUAGUUGUUACUGACAGUGAUGACACAACCCUGCUGAAGCAUCACCAGGGCGUGGAUGUGACAGAGGGGCAACUCUCAGAUGUGGUGAUGUUUCCUUCACCUCUGUCUGUUAGCAAAGGAAAGAAGAUAAAAAUCAAAGUCACCAGGUCGCACAAUUCAUUUCAAAAUUAUACAUGUAAAAUGAACAAUCGGCGAGUAAUGAGGCAUGAAGCAUCUGGUGUUGUGUGGACACUGGAGCACUGUGAGGAAAGUGAAUUUGAGAACAGCCUAGCCUAUGGAUUACUUACUGGGAUUUUCUACGAAUUGUAG